AUGGAAAACUGUAAAAAAAAAAACAUUCCUGUAAUAAAUGAUCAUGAGUACUUCAAGAACUCUUAUAUUGAUGUGUUAAAUAAAAAAAGAGUAUUAUAUAAAUAUGUAUUCCUUUUUAACAAUUACAAGUUUAAAUUUAAAAUAAUAUCAACGUACUAUGAAUACCUAACUGUUUGCAAUAAUCUACUACGAGAUGUUACAACUUGCAAUUUAUUUUUUGGGCCCUUAAUUUUUUUUGAAAUGUUAGGGAAAUCCUUUUAUUAUCCUUACGUUCUAUAUAUAUAUGAUAAGGACAGUACAUACAGUGACAAAUGUCCUCAUCUGAGAUCCCUUAAAUUUGAAAAAUCGUCUAUUUUGAGCAUAGAACAUAUAAUAAAAAAGGGAAAGGAGAAAAAUGAUAAAUAUUUCAGAGGUAAAAUAAAUUAUAAUGAGAAAAUAAUAUUAGAUGCAAAUGAUAUUCCUGAGGAACUAAAAAAUUAUAAUUUAGACGGAAAGUAUAUAGUUGGGUACACAGAAAUGUAUUUGCUUUUUCAUAUGGGUAGAUCCUUUGAUUCACGAAUUGAAAGACUUGUAGUCGAUAAAUAUUAUCGAAACAAAGGUUUUGGUUUGCUAAUCAUGUAUAUAAGUAUAUACGUGCUUAAAUACUUAUACCAGUGUAAUAGAUGUGAUUUGAAUGUAGAAAAUGAUAUAGCUUUACGAAUUUACAAAAAAUUAAAUUUCUUUAAAGUUGAAACACAAGUGUAUCGGUUGAACUUACACUGCAAUUAUGAUUAUCUACCAAAUGAUAUUUCAAUACAAAAUGAUACCCAUAAUAUACAAUCCUUUAUGGAUAAUAUUACAGCAAAGAAGUAG